UACCUGUACAGCAUUGAUGGUUAAGAUUUGCUAUUAUCAUCACAAGGUUGCCUGUUCGAUUCUCCAUAUUCUCUUAUUUCUUUUACCCACAUCCAUGUAAUCAUGUUUCAGCUACGCUUGUGGAACGACGUCGUCCUUGGGACACUCUCGCUUUAGCAGCAAGCACAAACGACGACGUUUGUCAUGUCUCAAUGUCUUCCCUAGGCAGUAAUUGGAACCGUGAACAGAUAAUGGCCUUUUGGGUAGUCGAAUUGGGGUGUGGUAUGUUGAUGAUACAGUAAUUUGAACCAAAUUAACAUGAAUUUUAUUUCAUAACUUUUCAUUAGGAAACUGAUCCCAUUUAUAAGUAAUAGAGAAAUGUUUCGAUAAGUAUAGAAAGAUACAAGGAACAAUUCAUUAAGAAGGGCAGAACCCGUACAAAAAAGCAUUGUGUUCACACACUUAGUACACUUGCAUAACAAGAGAAAUAACAUUAAGGCGGACACUAAGCAACUUUAGUAGAUUCUAUUGACAUUGCUGAAAUGGUAUUCAGUUUCCGGGAGGAAAAAAUAAUUUUACCAAUAACAGCUCAAAAUAACUCGACACAUUGUUCCAAGGACCCAAUGUGACCAUAAACUCAUAGGAGUUUCCACCAAUCAAGUUGAUAAGGGUAACGAAAUCGGCAUUGGCCAUAUCUUUAUCACUUACUACAUCUGAAACGAUUUUGCGCAAGUUUGUCGAUGGGAAAACAACCUCAAUAUCCAAAUAAUCAUCCUCGAUAGUUAGGUGGAUCAAAUGAACUCUACAUUCAGCACACCAGGAUGUCUUCACCUCGCCGACACGUCCGGAGAUGAGGUAAGCAGUGCCCUGGUGUUUAAAACAAGAAAAGGAAUUUCAAAAAAAAUUAACAAGCAUUAACAAACACAAUAAUUGCAAACGAGAUCGAAAGGAUGAAUGACAAAAAAGUUAAUUUCAAAUUUUCAAUAACCUCAUCGUCACCAUUCUCUUGCAACAAUGUAAGAUCGAUUGAAUCCGACAAAAUAGACAUAUGUACUGCUUCCUCAUACUUCAGCUUUGCAACGAAACCAGGCUCAACCAGAAAGUCGCUAUAAAAAAAACCGUUAGACGUUAGUAAUGGCUGACAAUAGGAAAAGGAAGCGGAGUAGACUGUCGUAACGAUUAGUUGGUAAACAAUACUUACGGGUACCAUUGCGAUAUAUCAUCCAUUGUCAGAAAAUUACAGCACGGAAACCCUACUCAAUUUCUGUUCUUGCACGUACUGUGGAUGUUCAAUAGGAGUAUAAGAACACAUUAUGAUCAACUAUUCUAAUAGAACGUACCAAAUAGUUAACAAUCAAUUAAAGAAAAGUACCUGCGGCGGUGGAAACGUGGCCGGCGACACCGCGUGGUUAGUCGAGCAGAUCGGGAACGAUUCAGCGGCGGAGGUGGCAAGCGACGAUGGUGGCCCGCUCUUCUUCCCACAACCGACGUGGUUAGUCCGGGCGACUUUCCUCCGCUCUUCUUCCCACAACCGCUACAGCGAAUCAGCGGCGGAGGUGGCAGGCGACGAUGGUGGCCCGGAGGAGGAGACCGCUACUGAGCGACCAACGGUUGCUUGACAGGCGGAGGCGGAGACAUGCAACGGAGGCGGAGGGAGGAUGAGGGCGGUUGAGUAUGUGUCUGAUCAGUUUGAAGGAAAACCGAAAAGGCAGCGCAUGGGGAGGGGAGAAAAAGCAGAAGAUAAAUCGUUUGCUAGAUUUGGUAGGUAAGUAGUCUUCCAAUUUUCAACUUUGCCAUUAUUGUUCUCUGUUUUAUUUUUUACAAUUGAUUAUUGUUAAAGAGACAAAGGGAGGGCAGGGGCAGCCGCCGAUCUACUGGACUAAGCCCUAUUGGGCCUGGUACAAAAGGCCUGCUUAGGUUAGUUUUGUGUUUUAAUUUUACAAGAACUCAUUUUAUAAUUAUAAAUAAAAAAGUGUUUGUAUAUUGAAUCAAAAUCCUUGUACAGCAUGAAUGGUGAAGAAUGCCCUUGGUAACCACCAGGACGCUGGUUCGACCCUCAUACCAUUAUAAUUUUUUUUCUCCAGCUACACCUUUAGAACGACGCCGUUCUCCAGGCCACUUUCGAUUCAGAGACGAGCACAAAACGAUGCCGUUUUUUCAUGUAUCGUCGUCUUCCCUAGCCCCCCAAAUUCCCAAUUAUCCAGUUGUCACCGUCACCACCGUAAUCCGACGGCCGUCUCUCUUCAUCGUCCAAACUUUCUCACUAUUCUGGACUCCGACCAAGAGAAUUCCCUUUCAUGUAUCAUCGUCUUCCCUAGCCCCCCAAAUUCCCAAUUAUCAAGUUGCCGCCGUCACCACCGUAAUCCGACGGCCGUCUCUCUUCAUCGUCCAAACUUUCUCACUCCGUUACGAUUCUGGACUCCGACCAAGAGAAUUCCCUUGACGAGACCCAAUCCCCUCUCUCCAUUUCAGCCUUAGUCAUUGUUUACAGGACGUAAAGGUCAUAGUCUUUCACCGUCAAUUGUUUCGGAUUCGUCGCGAAAGGGUAGCUGUCAUCUGCGACCUUAAAAACAGAUGAUGAUGAGCCAAAGUCGAUGUAGAUCAGAAGCAGGGACGAUGAUGAUGAUGGACUGAUGGUAAAAUUAGUGGUUUGCAAUUGGGGUAUCUGGAAAAAUCGUUAUGACGAUGAUGGUGGUUUAGGAUUGUCGAAUUGGGGCAACCUUUUAAUGGAACUUUAUUUUAUCAAUUGUAUAAUUUUUGGGUGUUCAUUAAAAGAUCUAGAAGAAAUAAGGUAUCAUCUGAGUCCUCACAAAAACGAAUAGGUAUCAUGUGAGAAAAUAAAACGCAAAUUAUUAUUGGGGGGCUAUAUAGCACAUAUAAUUAUUUAAGGGGUGCAAUUAGUAAUUAUUAUUAGUAGUUUUAAUAUAAUUUAUAAUGACCGUUAGAUUAGAUCUACGGUAGAGAAUCCUGUCGCAUAGUAUGUGUCUGACGCAUACGAGUCGUUUCCAUAUAUAUAUAUAAUAUGUACAUUACGCUAGAGUAUCACAUUAUCGACUCAACAGGUGACUAGAGCGAGUGAAGAAUUCUCUCUUGAAUUCAACCUUGUUUUAUUUGCUUGUUUCUUUACUUAAAUAGCUUAAAACAAUGUUUCUACCGCUAGAUAAUUUGUACUUUGCUGAAGUAAGUAUACAUAAAUCGUUCGGGUUUGAUAAUUAAAAAAAUACUUGCUCUAUAUAUUACCCCGAUUGAAGGUUCCACUUGGCCUUCAAUUGGGAGUGUAGUUAGUACUGAGUGAGUCUUCAAUUUCUAUGUCGUUGGCUCUCGAAUCCUGUUAGAAACAAGAUUUCUAACGUGAUUGGGAUUAGGAAAUUAGCUAGAUCAAUUAGGGAUUGAUCUAGCUAGGGUUGGGGAUUUGUGGGAAAUUGAGAAUGAGAGGGAAAAGAAUGGACUGCUGCUGCGCAGCUUUUGGGAAGAAGGGAGGGAAGGGGUCGGCGCUAGGGAGGAGGGAAAAGAGAGUGAGAGGAGAUUAGGUUUUUUGAUUAAUUCUUGCUUAAUGAAAAUACUCUCUCCAGUACAGAAUAUAUAAUCCUCAAAUCU